AUGUGCUUUUGUACUACAGCUCUGCCCAGAUUUGCCCUUGCCAAAAACUUCCUAGGGCAUGAUGCAGCCGAGCGUGCCUGUGCUGCGGGUGCCGUGGAGGCGUCGCUUGGGCUGCUUCGCUCAUGCGACGGUGAAGGGCCUCUCCUUCUGCGCACCGUGGAAGCCUUGUGGUACAUGGUCGAUGACUGCGAGAGUUGCCAGAGAAUUAUGGACAUGAAUGGCCAUCAGCUUCUAUGCAGACUCGCUCGGAAGUUUGGCCAAGAAAAUCCUGAUGCCGCAGGAGCCAUAUUCCGACUGUUGGCUGAGACCCUUUACAGCGAGCCGAGGUCGUCUCAGGUGUGGGGGGCAGAGCUGGAUGCCCACCUUCUGGCCAGCGUGAUCAAAUGGGCAGUUCAGGAAGCAGGCUGCAGCGACCCAGGCUGCUCCACGACUCUGGGGUUCGUCUGCGACGUCACCGCGCUGUGGUUGCAGCGUGUGCGUGAUAAGGAGGCGGUCAAGCCUUUGAUCGGCACAGUGCCACAGAUACUGAAGACCAUGGCUUUUCGCUUGGACGAUGCUUUGCUUCUGCAGCAUGGCUUCCGCUUGCUGUGGGCCUUUGGUCAGACGUCGACAGAGUGGCCCGAGGCUCUGCGGCAGCCGGCAGUAUGUGCUCUCGAGCAGCUCCGCGUCUUGGUGGAGUCGAGGAAGUUCUAUGCUCCAGGAGCGGAGCAGCCAGAGUUUGGCGAUGGUUUUGCCAUGGGAGGGCAAGCUUGGUAUCUGAGGCAGUCUCCGGCACCGAAUGCCGUGCACUACAAUGCCAUGGCUCUCCAGGCUCAAGCGGGGCCCUUCGAUCUGCACGAGGCUCCGGAUGCUGCGACUUGUGAAUGCAACUUCGUGACAUGUGACUCCAAGCCCAUCGCCGCACUGCUUUUUCCGCAGCAUCUGAGCUUACCUGUGCUUCGGAGUGCGUACAUGGCAUCCGGUGCUGCAUCCGGUGCUGCCUCCGCUGUGGCAUCAGCAGCUUCAGCUGCGACAUCUGCUGCUCUGGCGGCCAAGGAACGUGCAGCGCAGGUGGCGCCGGCACCGCCCGAUGUUGUGCAGUUUGUUGCAGAAGCAGGCGAAGUCGUUGCAGAGGCAGGCCAGAGAGUUCGAGGGGCAGCUGGCGAGGUCACCAACCAGGUGGCAGGUGUUGCUGGCCAUGCCUCCACGCAAGUGGCCGCUGCUGUGGAAGGUGUGCGUGACCAGGCGGUUCAUCAGAAGCUGCGCAUUGAACAGCUCGCGGACCAGUUUGCCGAUCUCAUGGAGGGCUUUCUCAAGAGAAAAGUGUUCAAGCUUCUAUCUUCAUUUGUGGACAAGAUUCCAGGCAUAGUGAAAACUGUCUUGGAAGAUCCUGAAAUGCCGGCCCGUGUGCAGAGAGCACAGGAUGCUGCAAUCGAUGUAGUAUGGCCAGAUGUUCGGGAGGAAAUCAUGUGGGAGCUGGCCGUGGCCAUGGAUGGCAAGGUGGCCCAGGAUGUGCCUAAGGUGGGAAGCUGCACCUGUUGUUCUUUCCUCAGAUAUCACCUCUAUCCCUUUGAUAGAGGAUUCUGGGGACGGCUGCGAGAUCCAGUAUGGAUACUCUUCACCAUUGUGGGGCUUCUCCCAGUGUAUGGCAUCAGCCCCGCUAUCUUCGUGUUCAUUUUCAUGGUCAUCGACAAGACUGAUGAGUUCCAGCUUGUUUCCUUCAUUCUCCAGUUCAAGGGGUUCCAGUACCUCACGCAGGGCGUUUUGCGCAGCUUGAUGGGUUACUUCAUGUACCUGAACUGCGUGACCGCGCCAGGGCAAAGAGAGGAUUACUGUGCGACGAACGGACCGGGUUCCGUAGCUCCAAGCAUCGUGGUCCUCGUUGGAUACUUUGUCCAAAUUGUUCUGGUUUGGAUUGCAUUCGCGCUUCUGCCCUUCUCUUCAAGGAAAGGGCGAACAACUUUGAGUGGCCAUUUGGAUGCACAUCCUGACCCUGCAAAGCAACGGGGCGGAUACAUCCUUUAUCUCCUGUGGUAUGACCUCCUGACGUUUGUGUUCUGCGCUGGCGCACUGGUUUACGUGCUACAGCUGCGGGAGUGGUUACUUGACGAUUGGAUGGUCAAACAUGCAUUCUUUGCAAUCCAAAUGGUCCAUGGUUAUUUGUCCAUGCCGUUCUUUUUCUUUACAAUUCCAUUGGUCAGGAAUGUGCUGACCCACACGGCACCGACUGGAUACGAUCGGUCCGGCCUCUGCAGGCAGUAUGUCGGCGUCACCAGGAUCCCCAAAGCAUCAGCGGACAGAAGCUUUCCACGACUGUUCGAGAAGGCUGAGGCUGCGAGGGUUUUGGCGAACCUGAAGCGUCUAAUGGCUGGCCUCCAGGUUCGUGCGCUGGAUGCGGAGGAGCAGCCGUCAGAGGUCGAAGCCGAGGGCACUCCGGGUUCACUUCGUUAA